AUGGAUGUUGAAAAUAUUAUUUCCGAAAUCAAUUAUUAUGAUGCAGUCGACUACUACGAUGAUAUUUUAUGGCCUUUUCAAAAUCGAUUACCUAAAGUUUAUAUAAGGGACGCGACAAAUCCCUUCGAAUUACCUACGCAAAACUUUAAAAAACGGUUUCGAUUUAACCAAGAAUCAGUGCUAUAUAUCGUAUCGUUGAUAAGAAAUAAUUUGGUGAAAAGUGAUAACAGAGGGCUGCCAGUCGCGCCAGAAAUUGCCGUUUUGCUUACUUUGAGGUAUUACGCUACAGCAUCCUUUCAGGUAAAUGAUUUUGACCAAUUGAAUUGUAAACAUAAUAACAUUAAUGUUAUGUGUGUUAAACAAUUUAUUAAUAAUGACAAAAACUUUCAGCUUGUGUGCGGGGAUCUCAUUAGUUUAUCUCAGCCUACAGUAUCAAACGUCGUUACAAAAGUAUCACGACUGCUAGCAUUACUCCAUAAAACCUAUAUUAAAAUACCUACAGGAGAUCAAGCUAGCAUAAAUAGGCAAUUAUUUAAGGACUUGGGAAGACAUGGGCGUUGGCCAGGGCUACCAGGUAUAGAUGGAGCCAUUGAUUGCACCCACAUAAGAAUUGUCAACACCCCAGGUUGUCAGCACCAUGAAGUUUAUCGCAAUAGAAAAUCUUAUUUCUCCAUUAAUGUUCAAGCUGUUGUCGGCCCACAAACAGAAUUCUUGGACAUAGUAGCUAGAUGGGCGGGCAGCACUCAUGAUUCCAGAAUUUUUCAAAUGUCCAGGGUAUACAUGAAGUAUACUCAAGGUGUGCUAAAUGGUAAACUAGUAGGUGAUAGUGGUUAUCCAACAUUGCCAUUUAUGCUUACACCAAUUAGGCCAACUCCUGAAGAUCCUCCUCAAAUACGGUAUAACCAAGCACAAAUCAAAACUAGAAACAUUGUUGAAAGAACAUUUGGAAUUUGGAAACGUCGGUUUCCAUGCUUAUCAAAAGGCCUUGGUAACAAGUUACAAACAGUGUCCCUUAUUAUUGUAGCCUGUGCAGUGUUACAUAAUUUAUCACUGAUUUUAAAUGAUAACAUGGCAUUGGGUAUUGAUUCCCAUUCUGAUCAAGAGGAUGGUGCAAACGAAACUACUGUAAUGGCUAGUACAAGCGCAGGGUUCGUAGUCAGAAGUACUAUAAUAGAAAAUUAUUACCAAUAG